AUGUUUGCAGAGCCGUCAAUGCCAGAGAGGCGACCCUCGCCAGGCCUGCAGCUCAACCUCUCCUCCAACAACCCCUUCCGCAGAGCUGCUUCACCCGCCUUCCCCUCGCCCGCCAGUGCCAACCGCUCGAGCUCGGGCAGCAGACCAAUGUCGCGCAAUCCCUUUAUAUCUACCUUCGAGGCCGAAUUUAACAAGGAGGCAUCCCGAGACCUCGUUGACAUGUCUGCCACCAUGAAGGAAUCUCCCAAGAAAUCAACCUUUGGCUUUGCCGCCGAAGAGCUCUUUCCACAUCAUUCCUCCGCUGUAUUAAAUACGGUACAAUCCCUAGCCGCCAUUGAGCCACCAAACAUGGACCGCUUCAGGCGCUUCGUGAUGCAGUUUGCUGACUACCCUGCUCUUACUCAGGCCAACCUCACCAUCGAUGACAGCGACAAGAAGCGAGCUCCCCCACCACGCCCGGCUCCUGCCCGGAGCGGCACAGAUCCCCGUGCAGGCCACCGCCCAUCUCGCUCCGAAGAGGAGAGGCGCGCCGAGCGCAUGCGUGAAGCUUCUCGUGGCGGCUCUCGACCACGCGGCCCUCCCAGUUCUUCGCGUCCUCCCCACCUGAGCAGUCCCGAACGUCGUGAGAACCGCCGUCCUCGACGCAACUCUGAAUCCUCCAUCAUCGACCGAGGCUCGUUGGAUCCGCGUGAGGAGCGCAGGCGCAGGGAGCGUCGCAAAGAGCGCGAAGAGCGUGCCAAAGAUGGUAAAGAUAAGAACGGAAAGCGUGUCCGCAGGCCACAAGGUCUUGAUCUCAUCGACAAACUCGAUGUGACUGGCAUCUACGGACCUAGCAUGAUCCACCACGAUGGACCAUACGAUGCUGUGCAGCCCCACCGGAACCGUAAGAAGGACCAGCGCGCACCUAUGCAUGCCUUCCCUGUCGGUUCGGCCAACAAUACUCUAGGUGGCUCCGGACCGCUUAACACCAAGAUUGAUCUAGACAGGAUCCAUGGAAGAGGUGCUGAGGGCUUCACCGACUUUGCCGGUGCCGAAACCGAGUGGAAGAAGCCUGCUCCAGUGGCUGCAGAGUUCAGUGCAAAGGGCCGAGAAGACAUUGUGCACGGCGAGCAGACCCACGGUCUUGGAACAUCCACUUUUCUCGAGGGUGCCCCGGCAUCCCGUAAAGCGAUCCAGGAGGAGUCUGACGCUCAGCGACAGAAGCAGCUGGCUGAAGGUGGUUUGGGCCGCAAGAAAUCCAUUGCCCAGCGAUUCCGCGGCAUCUCUCAGCCCCGACGUUAUGGUGAUGGUCCUCGCAUCACCUCGCCCGAGGCACGUUACGGAUCUGCCACCAGUCCAAGUGGUCCUUACAGCGCUGGAGCCAUCUCGCAAACCAAAGCAACAGAGCAGAACCCAUUCUUCAGCGACGACUACGACAAGGCCUAUGAUGCCAAGGGUGCAACUAUCAAGACCAACGAGGGCGGACCUUCGCCACCUCGAGGCGCUGCGCUGCAACGAUCCAUUACCACAGAUAGUGUAGGAUCUCCCACUGGUGAGGGCAAGCCCAGUGGUGGAUUCCUUAACCGGGUCAAGUCUCUGAAAGGUGGACGCCGACGCCCUGCUUGA